AUGCGCAUCCGCAAGACCUGGGACGUGCAUCUGCGCGCACGCCUUGCAGGGGCAGCUGGUAUCUCGCGCCCCAACCUCGCCCGCCAUAGCAGCACGCGCUCCAGCCUGCGCCACUCCCGCCUCUUUGAGAGCGCAACGGAGAGUCUGUACUCGCAGCCGUCCAUGACGCUGACCGCGCAGGAGCAGGAAGGAAAGACAGAGGACGACGACUCAGCUUGGGAAGACGCGCGCUCAGGCUCCGCGAGCCGCUCAGCGUCGUUCGUACUGCCGCCCGGUCCCGCGGGUAUAGGCCUCGGGCUCAGCAGCCUGGACACCUCGGCGCCGGGCGAGGGCCUAAGGGAUUUCAGCGGCCAUCUCGCGCGGGAUGAGAGGGGGAAUAUCCUCGUGUAUGACUCCCCAACCAUAGAGCAGAUGAACGUCGGGAUUGUGGUUGGCAACACGGGACGGAUGUCACAGCAACGCAGGUCGCGGUAUACGUCCGGCCAGGCGGUGGGGCACAGGAGGAGGCCGAGCGAGGCGAUGCUGAGUCGGGGGCAGAGGCUCGGCAGGGCGGUAAGGGAGAGUGUUAGGGUGCCGUUGGGGGUUGUGAAGGGGGAGAAUGAACGACUGAGUCCGAGGUUGAAGGUUGGGGAGAGUAGGGAGAAGAGGCCGGUUGGUGUAGAGAAUGGGAGGUGGGGGAGUCAGAGGGGAGUGGUGGAUGAGAGGGGGGAUUUGGCGUUUUUGUAG